GUUGGAAAUAUGAAACCAGUUCUGUGGGCUUUUAUGCUUCACAGUCAAGCCGGAAACUCGCAUUCCAGCUGAAGGCUGGAAGUCGCCGGAGGAGGAAGGUUACUUGUGUUCUCUGUCAAAGACUUUAGAUUUUCAACUUCUGUUCAGAAUGCAGAAUUAUCCGGUGAUUUCAGGCCUGCAGCCCUCUAGCUUCACGCCAGUAUGAACUUUAUGGGUGAUUUGAGACUCUGGCGAAGCCUGUUUAAUCUUUCCCUGCCGAGCUCUUGGAUUUUGGAAUGCCAGUGAAGAGACCUUAAAGACCGGAGAAACAACAGGAAAGAUGUUCUCAGAAGUUCAUUCCUGCUUUUGUAUUGGAAUUUAAUUUUGCUUGACAAAUUUUUGUAGUUUUAAGGUUCAGCUUGAAGGUAUAGGCCUUCUCAGUCAGAGUACUCAGUAUUAAAGUAUAUACACUUUAAUUUUGGGUGGAGAGAAAAUUGCAUGUAAUUAGGAUAACUAUAUUAAUUUGUUGGAUUUUUUAGGUAGCUGAAAAUAUAUUUUUGUUCUAAUUAAUGAAGUAGAAAGCACAGCAACAGUAAUAUUCCUUUAAUAUAUAGAUGCUGUCAGACAGCAAUGUUUGUUUGUAGGAGAUUGAAAGACCUAUUUUCAUUAAGUGCUCACAGAUUUUACAUUUUAGUUUGGGGGAUAUAAUAAACUAGUUGUAAUCGGGGCUAUGGAGGGCAAAGAUUGAAGUACACUUUAGAAUCAUACAGAUUUUGGAAAUUGUGUACAUUAUAAAACCAUUAAUUAUUAGCAGCUGAUGUAAGAUGUGUUAAGUUACUUAACUAAACAUUUUCAGAAAGGCAGUUAUAAGUUUGCUUAGUAGUAGCAAUAUGACAGAAAAUUUAAGUAGUGCUGAAAUGCAUCAGGAAAAAGAUUCAGCAGCUUCAGCCCCAGAAGCUGCUUCAUCACUCUUCUCUUCAUUUUCAAUGAAAAUGCCAUUUAUGGGCCAACGCAGUGGGACCAAGCCAAUUUCAGAAACAACAAAACAAAAAGUUGAACAAGACAAUGCAUUAUUAACUUUUUAUCGCUCUCUAAGUCCCAACACUGCAUCUGAUAAUAGUAAGGAGAAGAAUGAUACCACUAAAUCUGAUGAGCAGGUUGUUGCUGAAGCAAAAGAAGAAAAAGAAAAAAUCAACACAGUGCAAGAAAAGUCAAUAAAUGACAAAACUCAAAUUGAAAGUACUGAAAAGCAAAAAAUAUCCUGUGAACCUGAGCAUUUGUUGGCACAGCCAUUAAUCAGAGACUUAGAUGAUGAUAAAGUGCAUGUGAUUCGGGUUCAAACAACAAGUGAUACUGACUCAGAGGAUGAAGCUGGACAGGACAAAAAGCAAAUCAGUGAAACUGAAAUUGUAUUGACAAGUAAUGAAAAUUCAGAGCACACUCCGGAGCAUAAUUUACAAAAGGAUGAGGAUCCUACAUCAAGUCAGCAACAAGAAAUCAUUGAUAUUACUGAAACAGAGGAGACCGAGAUAACUUCUAAACCUGAAGGUAAAACAGAAAACAUCAAUGAUGAUACUGAAAAAGAACAAAAAUCACUAUUUAAGUUGGGGAAUAAUUUAGCAUUACCUAUGUCAGCUGAUGGUUCUAACAGUUCUACCCAAAGUUCUGUUACACAGUUGGAGAAAGCCUUUCAGAUGCCUCCUCUGUUUAGUGGUUUGCGUUUAUUGAAGAAAGGUGCUACAGGUGAGGCAAGGGAGACAAUUUCAGAGAUUAAACAAAGAGAUACUGAUUUGGCAAUGUUAAAAUUGACUCAACCGGGACAGAAAUCUACAACAAAACUCUUAGCAGAAUCAUUACCAAAGAGAAAAGAUGAAGGAAGGUCACAGGACCCAAAGAAGAAUUCGGGACUUUUGGAGCAGCUCAGUCAGUUAAUUUUUGAUGCACCCAAUGUGGAUAAUAAAACAGAUGUUGCUGAUGAAUCUAAGAAUUCUGAAAAGACAAAUGAAGCACCACAAGAAGAACCAGCACCAGCUGAAGCACCUAUUCGUGCCCCUAGUGAGAAUACUUUGGAAAGUUUCAAAUCCUUUUUCUCGGUCCGUACUGUCAAAAAAGAUGCACUGGAUCUGGACAGCCUGAAAAAGAAAAAAAGGCAAGAAAAGGAAUCCUUAAAAGCUAUAUUUGAAAGAUCAUUCCUAAAGCAAUCUUCUGAACAGAAAAAACCCGCAGAAUCCGCAGAAGGAAAAUCUAGUGAAAGCCUCAGUGAAGCCCAGAUCCAAACAGAUUUAUCUCCAUCAGAAUCAGAAGACCGAACUCCUGGACGACUUCAUGCCAUCUGGCCACCCCCCAAACCAAAAGAUGAGGAAGAAAAAGUGGGGUUAAAAUACACAGAAGCUGAAUAUCAUGCUGCUAUUUUAUAUUUGAAGCGAGAGUGCAAGAAUGAAAUAGAAAAAUUACAGCAAGAAUUUGAGUUGAAACUUUUCCAUGUCCGUGGGGAACAUGCUGAAGCAAUAUCUAAGCAUGAAGAAACCAUUGCACAAUUGAAAAUUAACUUGGAAAAUAAAACAAAGGAGGGAAAAUCUGAAACAAGAGAUGUUUCUGUUUCCACUGCAGAUGAAGUUGUGCCAAAGACUUUUCGUAAUGUUUGCAUUCAGACUGACAGAGAAGCAUUCAUACAAUUAAACCAAGAAGAUAGCAGGACACCCAGGAGCAGCCUAACUAUUCCAGGAAAAUUGAACCUUGCUUCCUUGAACUUGAAUGGCCAGUCGCCUCACUCUCUACAAAUGACAAAUGAGGAAGCUUCAUUGUCCUCAUCUUCACAAGUCUUAGAAUCUCAGUCUGCUGCAUCUUCAUCAUCACUCCCACUUUCAGGCCAGUCUCAAGAUUUGACAACACAUCUCCCUGACUCUGGAGCACCACCCCCACCUCCACCUCCACUCCCAGAUUCUGGAGUACCAACUCCACCACCACCACCUCCUCCGCUCCCAGGCUCUGGACCACCACCACCUCCUCCGCUCCCAGGCUCUGGACCACCACCACCUCCACCGCUCCCAGGCUCUGGACCACCACCACCUCCUCCGCUCCCAGGCUCUGGACCACCACCUCCUCCUCCACUCCCAGGCUCUGGACCACCACCUCCUCCUCCGUUUGGAAAUCCAAAUGCUAUGAAUUCCAGCUUGAAGAUAAGUAGGCACGUAAGGAAACCCAUAAUUGAACCGCGUCUUCCAAUGAAGCCUUUAUAUUGGACAAGGAUUCAGCUAAAGGAUUCCAGUGAUGCUGAAGUGUCAACAAUUUGGGAAUCAUUGGAAGAACCUUGUAUCCAAGAUGCUGAAAAAUUUGAAGAACUUUUCUCGAAAGCAGCAACAAAGGAAAAAAAGAAGCCGUUAUCAGACACCUAUCAAAAGACAAACAAAACAAAAAAGAUUGUAAAGUUACUGGAUGGCAAACGCUCUCAAACAGUUGGAAUUCUUAUAUCAAGUCUACAUCUAGAAAUGAAGGAUAUACAUCAAGCUAUUUUAAAUCUGGACAACUCAGUAGUGGAUUUGGAGACCCUUCAGGCCUUGUACGACAAUAGGGCACAACCUGACGAGUUGGUGACCAUAUCCAAAUAUUACAAAAAAUCAACAGAGGAAGAGAUAAAGUUACUGGACAAACCAGAACAGUUCUUAUAUGAAUUGUCACAGAUUUCUAACUUUACUGAACGUGCAAAUUGCAUCAUAUUCCAAUCUAACUUUAUGGAAGGAAUCUCCACGGUACGCCGCAAAGCAGAGAAUAUUCUCCGCCUAAGCAAGAGCUUAAAAGACCAAGAAAGUGUGAAGAUUGUGCUUGGUCUCAUCCUAGCCUUUGGAAAUCAUAUGAACGGUGGGAACAGGACUCGUGGCCAAGCAGAUGGAUUUGGCUUAGAAAUUCUUCCAAAGUUAAAAGACGUCAAAAGCACGGAUAAUCAGAUCAGUCUUUUGGAUUUUGUUGCAUCAUAUUACUUGCACCAUUUUGACAAGGAUGCAGGAACGGAAAAAAGUAUAUAUCCUUUACCAGAACCCCAGGAAUUACUGCGAGCUUCACAAGUUAAGUUUGAGGAUCUCACGAAGGAUCUCAGGAAGUUGAAAAAAGACCUUGAAGCAUGUGAGAAAGAAACAGUCCUUGUAUGCCAACAUUCAUCAGAGCAAGAACUCCAGCCUUUCAAAGAAAAAAUGGAAGCAUUUAUUCAAAAUGCAAAAAAUGAACAUAAGGCGGAAGAAGCACAUCUUGAAGAGUCACAGAAAAGCUUCGCAAAUACAGUAAGGUUCUUUGGGGUGAAGCCAAAAUCUGGGGAGAAAGAGAUUACUCCAAACUACAUAUUCAUGUUGUGGUUUGAGUUCUGUACGGAUUUUAAGAAUACUUGGAAACACGAGAGCAAAAAUAUCUCAAAAGAAAGAUUGAAAGCGGCUCAACUAUCAGUAAAGAAGAUAACUGAAGAAAAGAGAGUUGAAACAAAGAAAAGAAACCCUAACAGCCUGAAAGAAAGACUACGCCAGAGAGAAGCAAAUGUGACCACCAACUGAAGAAAACCAAUGAGAAAAAGAAUACUAUGACUUGAUGCUUUGUAUACAGCCAAAAUUUCGGGAAUGUUUUAUUGAAAGACCCACAUAACUUUGCCUUGCUUAUCUCCUUAUGACAGCACAUUAAUGAGCCUUUAAACUUGCACAUAAACAUCAAAAGAGUUGUAUUCAUUCCAAACAUCAGGAGCAUUUCUUGUUCGUAGUUGGGACAGCAAGUAUGUAUUUCGGCUCACAUACGAGAGAGGUUUAGAUAUUUGGUUUAAGUUACAUAUCCUAAGGAAACAAGGUAAAGGAGAUCCUGAAAAUUAAAUGCUCAGUAGGUGGUUAUUCUGGCAAGAUAUUCUGAACAGACACUAAGGUCCAUUACAAUAUACUACUCUGGAAAUAUACUAGAAUAUCCAUGGUUGCCGGAAAAUUCAGUCACAAUAUAAACUUUGAUUUUCAUAUACACAUUCCAUUCAAUACUUUCUGCUCUUCUAUAAAACAUGGCACAAGCUCUCUUAAAUGCCAUUGGAUUUCUCAGCCUUCCCCCAGCCCCGCCCACCAAUAAAUUGUUUCACUGGACAUUUAAGACACUUGUUACAAAGAUAUAAACUUGUAGAAGAUUCAGUAGAAGACAAUGACCUGGUAAUAUUAAGCUUUCUCUUAUCUCUGCAAAGAAAUAAUGCAAAUUGUUUACCUUUAGCAGUAUCCAAUGUCAUUGCAAAGUAUUGCUUGGUACUUUACAAACUUGACUAUUGCUCUGUACCUCAAAUAUAGGUGAUACAGUAACCUCUUGGGGUCUGGCUAAGCACCAAAAGCUUUGCUACCACCACAGCACCCAAUUUUUAUUCUCUGUAGACCUGCUGUAAACUUGGUUUUUGUCCGCCAUUUCUGUAAAAGUUUUUGCUGUGACCAAGUCUGAAUGCUGUCCCUUCCCUACCCGUCAUUAGGACAGGGUUCCUUUCUGUUUCCUGGCAACAAUGAAAGAAAAUAGCAUCAGUGGGGAAGUCUCAUCAAUGCAUUCUUGAGGAGAAAGCUAAGAAUUUUGGAGAAGUCAGAUUUACUGCUGGCAAAUAUCCGUAAUAAAUUCAUAGCAAUAAUUAAAUAUAUCAUUACCACUCUCAGAUAUAUCAGUCUUGUUAAUAUAUUUUGUCAGUUUUUCUCUUUUCAUGAAUGCUUUAUGUUUCUCAUUGUUCAUCAUACAGGAGCAAAUAUAAUUGACAUAAUCAAACCUUUUCAGUCUCUAAUAACUUUACUCCAUUCUUCCAGUAACUUAUUAUAAUCUUGAUCUCAUUUUUUUUCUAAACAUCUACUAUUUCUAAAGAACUUUCAAAUAUAUCAUGUUUCCAUUUUUAGCAGAGUCCAUUCAGUCAUCUGCAGAAAUAUUUCUUUAACAGAUUUCUUCAGAAAAUAUUUUAUACAGAAUAUUAUGUGAAUAAGUUAUGGGUUUAUUCUUAAUAUGCUUCAUUAAUAUUGUAUUUUAUUGAACUUUUAAUUAAUAGUCCUAAGUGUUGUUCACUAUAAUGACUUUACAGUCAAAGGCAUUCCAUUCAUGGUGAAGUGUGGUGUUUAAAGCCAGCGGGAGAACAAGAAAGAUCAGAUUUAAUUCUUCACCUGUGCUACUUUAGCAGAGCUUAAAAGGAGUAGGAGAGCUGCCUUUUAGUGUAUUUAACUUGACAGGAGGGACUGAUCUAGCACAUAUUGAUGACCCCAUCUUAAAUGCACGGAGGCUAAGUAAAGAGGAUGAUUUGAAUCAACUGUGUUGCCUCUCAUUAACAAAUAAUCUGCCACCUUUUGUAGACUGGAUUUGCACUUAAAGUAUAAUGACAUCAGAAUGACUGUGAGUUAUGUACUUAAAGUUGUGCGAGAAAAUUAUAAAUUAAGGUUUGUUAUGAAAGUUCUCCUGAAAUUUAUUUCUACUGAAGGGUGAUAAGUGCUAUAUAGUUAGGUAACUAAGGCAUAAGUAUAUUCCUUUACCAAUUGGAUUUUUUUUUUCAUUUUACACCAGAUAUUUAUAGAACAUGAUUCAUUAAUGGAAAGAAUUUUAUUGUUGUUUUAUUGAAAUAAAAAAUGCAGUCUAAAAAGGGUUUUUUAUCUUAUUUGAAACUAUUCAAAUGUAAAUUGGUUAUUUCACUUGAACUUCUAAAUUUAGUUUGAAUGUACAUGUUCAUGAAAAUAAUAUCAAGUCUUUAUUACCAACUAAAAGGACGGUGGGUGUGGGUGGAUGGGUUGUGAAAUAAGCAUGUCUGCUAAAGUAGUUUGUAGCACAUUGUUAAGGGAUUCUCAACAGAACACCAAUAACCAAGGUACAUAAUCAAUGUAAACUGUAAGAUAUAAUUUGGCAGUAUUGGAGAGGAUUGCAUAUACAGUAUGUGCAGUGUAUAGCAAAAUUAGAAGUAAUUUAUGAACUGUUUUAUUAUUUUAGUAAACAAGCACACAAGCACAUGAAAUAAUUCCUUAUCAUUUGCUGAAUAUAUUAAAAAGUGUUAAAAUGUGCUGUUCAUUUUAAUGUUGGUUUAUUUAAGCAACGUAGUGGGAUGUUUACAUAACUAGAGUGAUAUAUUUUGAUAAAACAUGUUCUGAAAAAUUAAUAGAACUGAAAUUACAACUUUUUGUGCUGGGUACUUCUGUGAACAAUGGAGUAAACUAUUUUAUUCUAUGGGAAUUUGUCUUGAAUUUAUGGAUAUGCUCAGCUUGUGCAUAAUAGGCUUUAUUUCUAGUUGCACUUUACAAAUAAAAUGACUAAUUUGUCAUUGAACUUUACUGAUCAAUUUAUGUUUUUGUUAUGGUUAACAUAGGAAUAAGAAUGGAACUUUCUAAGAGUAAGAGCAAGGUUGAUGAUUAUGUAUCCCUGUUACCUUGUUCAAAAACAAUAACUCUAAUUAUACAGUGUCACAUAGUUGAUCAGAUUUACAGACCACUUAAAGCUAAAAAUGUGGAAAUAUAUAACAAAUAAUCUAUUAUCUUAAUCACUUCUCCAUGCCUCUUAGAUUCAUAUAACUGAAAAGGAUAUGGAUUUGCAGCAAAGCCUCUGCAGAUUUAAAGAAUUAUUUUGAAAAAACCAUUGCAUAAAAAUAAGUUUGUGUAGGAUAUUAUACAUUAUGGAUAUGCGGUUUAAUUUUUCCUACCUGCUCCAUCCAAUUUAGGAAGCUAUUGCAUUUGCUUUUGGUUAUGUUGAUCAUUCCGAAGUUCUUACGUGAACAUCUUCAACAUAUAAGUGAACUAAAAAUAUGAUACUUUGUUCUCAGCCCCAUAACAAAUGCAAUACAUAAUUUUGGAAAUAAACAGGGUAAUGAAUCUUUAAAACUAUUAUUAGAAACCAAACCAAAACCUCAUGUCCUCAUUUUCUUUUGGACCAGUAACUAGAGAUUGACUGAUCCAACAUUGUUGCUAAGUGCCUGUAUCAUCUGAUCAUCUGUGAACAUAUGCAAGUGCCUUCUGUGAGUUUAGAAAGACAAGAUGCUAUUGGCAAUACAAAUUAGCAGUCCACUGAAAUCAUAACUGAUGUGGCAACUUGGAGCUUUGGCCAAGAAUUGAUGAUUUUGUCUUGGAGAAAUUGUACUAUCUGCAUAAUGUAAAGAUCAGGUCAGAAUACUGAUUUAGCCAAACUUGAGUCUGAGAAAUGGGGUUUUGUUGGAAUUGUGUUUUGAUGCUCCAAUUGAGACAUUGAGAUAAGAUUUUUAGAGUUAUUUUUUUAAAGUAUUGUUGGUUCUUCUGUCAUGUGUGGUGAUAAUGUGGCCCCCCCCCCCGUAAUACCAUAACCUCAAUAUACAUUCCCUUCUUUCAGCAGAAUUAUUUUUGUGUCCUAUUUAUUGUUUUCUACUAAGUCAAUUUAAUUACAAAUUAAAAUGAUUAAAUGCUUGAUAUUACACUCUCUGGUGAAUGUAUUUCAGUGACAGUGAUGACUUUAUUGGCAUCUCAAAUUUCUGGAAAACUAAUAAAAAUCACUUUGUAAAUGCUGUAAUGACAUGA